CCUCUGCUUAAUUCCUACAUUUUUCCUUUUAUGAGAAUAGUGAAGAAGUUUUUCUUGGUUUUUAGAAAAUAUAUAACAGCAAAACGUCACCUGUAAUUUAAUCAUCACUGCGUGGAGGAAUAAAUUUUAUAUUGUGAAAUAUUAACUACCUAAAAAUGUUGAUCAAUGUGUAUUUUAACGUUUGACUCAGAUCUAUGUACGUGAACUUCCUUGAGGAGCUGCCUGAUGAACUCUUCUCUAAUUUGGUCAACUUACAGUGGCUGUAUCUGAGUGAUAACCAGUUACAAUACUUACCACCCAUGAUUUUCAGCAACAAUACCAAACUCAUCAAGCUACAAUUGCAAAACAACAAGCUUCAAGGAUUAAACGAGACAUUGUUUCAUGGCUUGAGGAACUUGAAAGAGCUAUGGUUGCAAGACAAUAACAUCCAGGAGUUGCCUGCCACUAUAUUUAAAGAUUUAGUAAACUUGGAUGAACUGUGAGUUCUCGGCUUUCGUAGUGUCUUAAAACAAUUGCUGCCAAACUUUCCAACUUCCUCCCAUCCCCCCCCCCCCUUUAUAAACAACAUAUUCAAGGAUGUCUAAUUAACAAUCCGAUCAUUA